AAUCCAAUAAUUAGCCAACAUGUGUGAUUUCUUAAGUUCCCUGGGUUUGAGUAAAUUUUGUGUGGCUGUUUGUUGUUGUUGCUGUUGUUGUUGUUGUUUUUGCCUCCUUCUCAGUAAAUCCAGCAGCCCCAUGGAAAGAGGAAACCAAACAGAAGUUGGAAACUUUCUCCUCCUGGGAUUCGCAGAGGACUCUGACAUGCAGCUUCUUCUCUAUGGGCUGUUCCUCUCCGUGUACCUGGUCACCAUCACCGGAAACCUGCUCAUCAUCCUGACCAUCAGCUCAGACUCCCACCUCCACACCCCCAUGUACUUCUUCCUCUCCAACCUGUCCUUUGCUGACAUCUGUUUCGCAUCCACGACUGUCCCAAAGAUGCUAGUGAAUAUCCAAACACAAAGCAAAAUGAUCACUUUUGCAGGCUGCCUCAUCCAGAUAUUUUUUUUCACUGCAUUUGGAUGCCUGGACAACUUGCUCCUGACCGUGAUGGCCUAUGACCGCUUCGUGGCCAUCUGUCACCCCCUGCACUACCUGGUCAUCAUGAACCCCCGGCUCUGUGGGCUGCUGGUUCUGGGGUCCUGGUGCAUCAGUGUCAUGGGUUCCCUGCUCGAGACCUUGACCAUUUUGAGGCUGUCCUUCUGCACAAACAUGGAAAUUCCACACUUUUUUUGUGAUCCUUCUGAAGUCUUGAAGCUCUCCUGUUCUGACACCUUCAUCAAUAACAUCGUGAUGUAUUUUAUGACCAUUGUCCUGGGUGUUUUUCCUCUCUCUGGAAUCCUGUUCUCUUAUUCUCAGAUUUUCUCCUCCAUCCUGAGAGUAUCAUCUGCCAGAGGCCUGCACAAAGCCUUUUCCACCUGUGGUUCCCACCUCUCAGUGGUCAGCUUGUUCUAUGGCACGGGCCUUGGGGUCUAUCUCAGUUCUGCAGCUACACCAUCUUCUAGGAGAAGUCUGAUGGCCUCGGUGAUGUACAGCAUGGUCACCCCCAUGCUGAACCCCUUCAUCUACAGCCUGAGGAACAGGGACAUGAAGGGGUCACUGGGGAGACUCCUCCUCAGGGCAACGUCUCCCAAUGAGGGAACCAUUGCCGAGCUCUCAUGAAUUGCAGUGAACACAAUACCGAGGCCAGACUGGCCUCUUUCAGCCAAUGUUUU